GGGUGACGGAGCGGCGGGUCAGAGGCGGAGGAAAAUGGCGGCGCCUGAGGAGCGGGAGCUGACGGCGGAGCAGACCGAGAAGCUGCUGCAAUUCCAGGACUUGACUGGCAUAGAGUCCAUGGACCAAUGUCGUCACACGCUGGAGCAGCACAACUGGAAUAUAGAGGCAGCUGUACAGGACCGGUUAAAUGAGCAAGAAGGUGUCCCAAGUGUCUUUAACCCACCCCCAUCUCGGCCGUUGCAGGUCAAUACAGCAGACCACAGGAUCUACAGCUAUGUUGUUUCAAGGCCACAGCCAAGGGGCCUUUUAGGAUGGGGUUACUACUUCAUAAUGCUUCCAUUCCGAUUUACCUAUUACACAUUACUUGAUAUAUUUAGGUUUGCUCUGCGUUUUAUACGUCCUGAUCCUCGUAGUCGGGUUACUGACCCAGUGGGUGACAUUAUUUCAUUUAUUCAUAUGUUUGAGGAAAAAUAUGGGAGGAUACACCCUGUCUUCUACCAGGGAACUUACAGCCAGGCACUGAAUGAUGCCAAGCGGGAGCUGCGCUUCCUGUUGGUUUAUCUUCAUGGAGAUGACCACCAAGACACGGAUGAAUUCUGCCGCAAUACGCUGUGCGUACCUGAGGUGGUUGCCCUCAUAAACACUAGAAUGCUCUUCUGGGCUUGCUCAACCAAUAAACCAGAGGGAUACAGAGUUUCCCAGGCUCUGCGGGAGAACACGUAUCCAUUCCUGGCUGUGAUCAUGCUGAAAGAUCGCAGAAUGACUGUAGUUGGGCGGCUAGAAGGCCUCAUCCAGGCUGACGACCUUAUUAAUCAACUGAUGUUCAUCAUGGAUGCCAACCAGACAUACCUGGUGUCUGAACGCCUGGAAAGGGAAGAGAGGAACCAAACCCAAGUACUGAGGCAGCAACAAGAUGAGGCUUAUUUAGCAUCCUUGCGUGCAGACCAGGAAAAGGAACGUAAGAAGAAGGAAGAACGGGAGAGAAAGAAGAAAAAGGAGGAGGAAGUGCAGCAGCAAAAACUAGCAGAGGAGAGACGACGACAGACGCUGCAGGAGGAGAAGGAACGGAAGUCGGAAUGCCUUCCUCCUGAGCCACAUCCUGAUGACCCAGAGAGCGUGAAGAUCAUUUUCAAGCUGCCUAACGAUUCCAGAGUGGAGCGGCGAUUCCACUUCACGCAGUCAUUGACGGUAAUCCAUGACUUCCUGUUCUCCCUGAAAGAAAGCCCUGAAAAAUUCCAGAUUGAAGCCAACUUCCCUCGCCGUGUCCUGCCCUGCCUCCCUACAGAGGAGUGGCCCAACCCACCCACGCUGCAGGAGGCCGGACUGAGCCACACGGAAGUCCUCUUUGUGCAGGACCUCACGGACGAUUGACACUUUUCCAGAAGACACAAAUUGGAAGAGAAAUUCAUAUUAUUAUUAUAAUACAAUAUUUUUUUUUAAAGACUGCGUACAAAUGAGGGAUCAGAGACCACAACGCCUGUGCCAGCUGUGCUGUGUGUGCACACUGGCAAGAGGAAGUGUGCACGUCCUCACAAACCCAUGUACACAGCCAUCCCCUACACUUGGAGGGCAGAGAGGGAGGGGAUCUGGUGUUGCCCCUCUCCCUUCCUAGGGGAGGAACAGGAAUGGCAGCUCUUAGUAAUUAUUGCUUUUAUUGAUGACAAUAAUAAUAAAACCCCAACAACCUGAUAUCUUGUGAGGAUUUGAUACUCUGCUGCUCCUGCCAGCCAGAAGACCAGGCACCUGAAUGUGCUGGGAGUGGGGUUUGGGAAAGGGCUGGACAGAAUCUCUUCAGCUUCCCUCUCUGUAUAAAUACUUUUCUUUUAAUAUUUCUCUUGCUUUGUAAUGACCAAAGGAGAACGGGGUUGACUAUAGUAUUAACUUUUUGAUAAAGAGCUGGUUCGAUUCUUACCUGUGUGGGACCUUGCCCAGGGUUCUUAGCCUGCGUAGUGUAAUAAACUCUGCCUCUAGCA